AUGAUAUCCCACGAUCAAGACAAUUGGCUGAAUCCCGUGAAACCAUUUCAUAGAAGUUCAUUGAUAUCUUCUUUUUAUAAAGCAAGUCGACUUCGAUUCUUGAAUAAUCUACAUCACUUCUGUUUCUAA